GUCGCCUUCUGCUUCCGCUCAAGCGCUUUCCCGUCGUCCUCGGCGCCCGCCCGGCUUCCGGUGGGCAGGGCGUUGCUAAGAUGGCGGCUGCGGCGGCGGCGGAGGUGCAGCAGCUGCAGGAGCGCCUGGAAUCCCUGGAGGAGCGCGUCUUCGGGGCGCCGGGCGGGCCCGCCGAGGCCAAGAAGAUAUCAGAUGGCUUGGUGAAACUCCAGGUGGCUUUGGGGAACAUUGCAAGUAAAAGAGAGAGGAUUAAAAUUCUUUAUAAAAAAAUUGAAGAUGUGAUCAAAUAUUUGGAUCCUCAGUACAUCGAUCGCAUGGCUGUUCCGGAUGCCAUGAAGCUUCAGUUCAUCUUGGCAGAAGAGCCUUCCGUGCUGGCUCAGGCAGCGCUUCUGGAGCAGGUGGACAGCCUGAAGCCGUACCUGGACAGUGCCCACAUUAAAGCCGCUCCUGACCACGCCGCAAGACUCCAGCGCCUUUCUCAGAUCCACAUCCAGCAGCAGGACCAGAGCGAAGCGGUGACUGAGAGCGUCCGGCUACUCCUGGAGGAUUACAACAGGAUGUCUCUGCUCCUUUCCAAGCAGUUUGUCCAGUGGGAUGAGCUGCUAACCCAGAUGGAAGCCACAAAGCAAGCGAAGCCUGUGCCGGAGUGAGGGCCGCGGCAGAGCGAGGAAUCCUUCACGGUCGCGUGCAGCUGCCUCGCACCCUCGUCCAGCGCUUCCCUUUUUGUGAAUUGGAGAAGAGAGUCACCGGACCCUGAACUGCCUCCUUCAGUCUGCCACGGCUCCUUGGACUUACACGCUUUUGGGCUCCGGCUGGCGGUGAGAUGAGGAGCCUGUCAUUCUCGACCCUUAAAGGAGGUGCAUCCUUCUCUCCCUUAACAGUUCUCGUUGUAACUUAUUUUGCGUUUCUCCUUCGACAAGCCGUGCAUGAUUCCUUGGUUUCGCUGCCGUUUCCUGCGGACCACAAUAAAACCUUAACCCCGAUGUUGCUGUCGCAGCUGCUUGUUCCCCUCGGGCCGCUCAGAACGGCGGAUGCAAAGAGAGCUCUCCCGCGUCUUUAACCUAGCGGCUAGGAAUUGUAGCCCGCUGCAUUCUGCAGGUUCGGGCCGAGUUAGUAGUAAAAACGUAGGGUAAAAUUUAGUAAGAGCAGAUCGCUUGUAUGCCACCUUGGCUUUGGCUACCACAAACCCAGUGUGCAUAACUUCCAGAAGGUGCUAGCUUGGGCCUGGUGAUGAGGGGCCACCCCCGACGAUGCCCUGGUUGAACCCUCGGUAGAGUUGGGAAGGCAGUGGGGAAUAGUUUCUUUUACGAUUUUAAAUAAUAUGUUUAUGACAAGGUGUUCAUAUAUUUAAUCCUCCAGUGUUAUUUCUAAAAACUCUGUAACUUGAAGACUUUUAUGUAUCAAAUCCUUGCAAUUCCUGUAUGUGGAGGAUGUGGAAAUGCUGGAACAAAUUAAAAUACUGAGGAAAAUACUGAA